AUGGAUAGCCAUGUUUUAAAGUCCAAUAUAUUAAAUGAAGAAGUUACAAAUUUAGAGAAUAAAGUUCAGGAGUGGUGCAACAAUAUUAAUAACUCAAUUGCUAAUAAUAUGGGAGAUUUUGAGAAUAAUGUGAAUAUAAAUUUGAAUUUUAUACGGGAAGCUAAGGUUAGGAUUGAUGGGUUACAAAAGAGAAUUGGAGAUUCAAAGGAAUUAUUUGAGAUUAGAAGAGUUAUGGAAAGUGAACAAGAGCAAUAUCAAAAACAUCUUAAUACAAAUUUGCAGAAUAUGUUGGAAAAAGUCCAAAAACUUGAAAUGCGUAUUGCUGAAGAUAGAAAUAGAUUAGAAGGUGAAAAAACAGCAUAUGAAAAUGACUUACACAUAGCAAAAAUGCAAUCUUCUGAAAGAGAGAAGAGUUGUAGAAUAUAUAGUGAUAAUUUAGGAUUAUAUAUUAAUAAAGUCAAUGGUAAUAAUAGAUUUACAUUUAUCUAUAUAGAUGCUAAUAAUCCACUCAGAGAAUUUUAUUUUGAUUUAUAUUAUAAUGAGAAAACAUCAAGCUAUAAUGGUGUACAUUGUGAACCUUAUAUUCAUGAAUUUCAAGAUUUAACUAAUAAGUUAAAUAAUAGAUCAAUUUGUCUAAGAAAAUUUAUUUCUAAUAUGAGGCAAGCAUUCAAAGAUUCAUUAUAA